GGCAUACUGAGUUUAUCGAUAACACCAGCUGAUUUUCUGUAUUUUUAAGCAUUUUGCGGUGACAAAAACAGCAGUAGAGUGUAAAGUGAUGCCAAGUCUGUCUCCGGUCUCUAAACAGCAGCAUGAGCUCGGAAUAUAUUAUCUCUGAGCCCACGUCGAUGGAUAAAGAGAUCCUGCAGCAUGCUGUGCAGGAGCUGUUUAAUCCAGAUCACGUCCUGCGUUUUCCAGAUGCGAGCCAAAUCCACUUUAAUGAAGUCCAGAAAUUAAGUCUGGAGUACAAAAGUGAGGGGAAAAUCAUGAAGACAUCCUGAAGAUUGACCACUUAUGGGACUUCUCAUCUUUGUCCAAACUUGAGUUAAAUAACAACACUAUAGAGAAGAUCCAGGGACUGGACCAUCUGAUUAAUCUGACGUGGCUUAAUCUGUCAUUCAACAAGAUUGAGAAAAUAGAGGGUCUGGAGUGUGUGCAGAAGCUUGAAGUGCUGAAUCUAUCCAACAACAAAAUCUCUGUCAUUGAAAAUAUGGACACACUUGAGAACCUAACUCAUUUCUUCAUUUCAAACAACCUAAUUGGACAGUUGGAUAAUGUGCUCUACCUCAGGAAGUUCAAGAACCUGGCAGCAGUCAACCUGUUUGGAAAUCCUUUCCUAAACGAGGGUGAUUACAGAUUUUUCAUCGCUGCCUACUUUCCAAAGUUGAUGUUCCUAGACUCCAGAAUACUUGACCAGAAGACAAGAAAGGAAGCAUCUAUCAAAUAUCACUAUGUCCUUGAGAAAAUGAGACUUGAAGAGCUGGAGCUACACCAGGCUGAUGAGGCUCGACAAAGACACGAAGCUGAGCUAAAAUUACAUCGAGUACUAUCUUUUUUUUGUGAGUCAUCUGUUGAUUUGUAUACAUACAGUCUGACACUUAUGUUUUCUUUUUUGUUGUUUCUUGUGCAGGAUGCCUUUGUGGAGUUCCUUAAUGGCUCUUCUCUGUUUAAGAACAUGUUUAAAGAUGAUCCAAAAGCACAAACACUGCACUGUGCGCCAGGAGUGGAUUCUCUGAUUCAAACAUUUGAGCACCAAAUGGGGGAGCUGUGUACACAGUUAUUUGAAAUGGGCUUGGCUGAGCACAAACGAAGGGAGACGGAGGUGAAGUCUUUCUUCAGUUGCCAAGAAAAGGCUGUGACAGACUGCCAGGAGAAGGCAUCGCAGAUGUUAGCAAAGUUUAAUCAUGAACACAAAGAGAGGACAGAAGAGUUUCAGCAGUUAUCAGACCCAGAGGUACGCAAAGUGAAGAUUGACCACUGCAAUGAUGAAAUUAACCGGCUCUGUAAAAACCUCAUGACACUGGAGUUUCAGCUGGUCAGCGAGAUGGAGGAGAAGAUCAAAACUUUUGACAGCAGCGUCUCAGACAUGGUUAGACACUUCAGUGAAACCGCACAGGGGAUGUUCUCCCACUGUCGACAUCUUGAAGAUGACUAUUAUCAGAAGAUGCAAAAAGUUGCUGCUGAAAUCUUGCAGACAGUGGCCAUUGACACCCGGAAGGAGGAUUUGCCAGAUAAUGUUAUAAUGCUGUUUGAAAACAGAGAUGCAGUGAUGGAUGCACUGGCCACGGCCCACGAUAACCACCUCCUGAAGAUCAAUGACCGAGAGACUCAGCUGACUACAGGCAUCAGAGCCUGGAAGGAGGCCCUCAUUAAAGGGAUACAAGAUGAGGAACUUAAGCGGAACCGCACGAACAUCUCAGACAUCCACAGAUACAUGGAUAAUUUGAGGGAGCAGCUGGAGGAGUUGAUAUAGUGGAAACCACUCGGCAGCCUCAAGAACACUUCAAAAACCACUGUCAGUGAAUACAGUUGUUUGUUGUAUUCACAAAUGAGGGUUCAAACACUACCACUAAAAGAGAAAAAAAGACACAGAGCAUGAACCUAUACUCGGGGCAUGAGCUACUGUGCUGUGAAAAAGUAUUUAACCCCUUUCUGAUUUCUCUGUUUUGUGUGUGUCUGUAUUUAUCACACUUACAGUCGCUCUGUGAUGUACUUGCACACUCGUUCUGCAAAUGAAAGGUUGCUGGUUCAGUUCCAGGCAGAGACACAAAUCCCCUUUGGGGGAAGGAAGGGCAUCUAUACAAGCACCUCUGCUCACAACCAACAAAACUACAGUUCACUACAAACAAAUUCAGAUGAAGACAACAUCAAUUGCCCUGAAUUUCUCUAUAAAAGAUUCAUUUAUUGGUGAAAAGGCCAAAAUGACCAAGGAAA